CGUCACAUCUCUAGUGUUCUCUGAUGACGUUUACAAACUGCGACGGAGAGUCCGACAGAGCAGAGGGAUGGAAUGGAGUCCGAGCCCACAGGUUGUGUGGAAAUAAAGGUUCUCCGUGACCCUCUGUGGAUAGAAGGAGGUCUGCGGAGGAGCCCGUAUUGUUUUCAGGUGGAUUUCCAUGAUGGAAUGGAGCGAGUGUUGAGUUUGAGCAGUUGGAGACGGAGGAGUUGAACAUGGAGCAGCAUUAGUCCGGAGAUAGCCCCAGGCAGCAGAGCCACAACCAGGAGGAGGAGAGUCCCACGGCAGAGUGAAGAAGUGUUCCACAGUCCGACUGGAUAGAACAGCACAGGAGGAAACUGUGGAGGGAGGGAGGGAGGGAGGGGGAAACCGGCAACGGAGAAGAGAAACAGAGGCAGCAGAAAGAAGCCGAAGGUGGAUUUUAAGUGAAACUUAAAAGUUGUAUCAGGCGAAGAUUCCACCUGAUUCCAGCAAAUAUGGAAGGAAAACUCACUUGUUACCAGUGUGGGAAGACUUACACCCACAUACAUCAGUUUAAGACACACCAAUGCAUCCACAGUGAAGAAACACCAUAUAAGUGUGACCCGUGUGGGAAGACUUUCACCCACGCGUCUUCCCUUAGGACACACCGGUGCAUCCACAACAGAGAAAGACCAUAUGCAUGUGAGCAGUGUGGAAAGGCUUUCAUCAGAAAGGAGGUGCUUAAAGUCCACCUACGCAUCCACAGUGGACAAAGACCACAUGUCUGUGACCAGUGUGGGAAGACUUUCAUCCAAGCGUCUACUCUUAGUAAACACCUACGCAUCCACACUGGAGAAAGACCAUAUGAGUGUGACCAGUGUGGGAAGACUUUCACCCGAAAGGAUAACCUCAGGAAACAUAUGGGCGUCCAUGGCGGAGAAAGACUAUAUGAGUGUGAGCAGUGUGGGAAGACUUUCACCCAUAUGUGUAAAUUUAAGACACACCUACGCAUCCACAGUGUAGAAAGAUCAUAUUCAUGUGAGGAGUGUGGAAAGGCUUUCACCACUAGUAGUUACUUGAAGAAACACCUACGUAUCCACAGUGGACAAAGACCAUAUCACUGUGACCAGUGUGGGAAGACUUUCACCCAAGCGUUUACCCUUAGGACACACCUGCGCAUCCACAGUAGAGACAGACCAUAUUCAUGUGAGGAGUGUGGAAAGGCUUUCACCACCAGUAGUUACUUUAAGAAACACCUACGUAUCCACAGUGGACAAAGACCAUAUCACUGUGAACAUUGUGGGAAGACUUUCACCCACGUGUCUACCCUUAAGGUACACCUGCGCAUCCAUAGUGGAGAAAAACCAUAUCACUGUGGAAAGUGUGGGAAGACUUUCACCCGCAUGUCUAGCCUUAAGGCACACCUAUAUAUCCACAGUGGACAAAGACCAUAUCACUGUAAACAGCAUGGGAAAAUUUUCACCCAUUUAGGAGAAAGACCACAUGCCUGUGACCAGUGUGGAAAAACUUUCUACCACAUGAGUAGUCUUAAGAGACACAUACGCAUCCACAGUGGACAAAGACCAUAUAACUGUGAACAGUGUGGGAAAAAUUUCACCCAGAUGUGCCACCUUAAGUCACACCUACGCAUCCACGGUGGAGAAAGACCAUAUGACUGUGAACAGUGUGGGAAAACUUUCACCCAGAUGAGUGGGCGUAAGAAACACCUACGCAUCCACAGUGGAGAAAGACCAUAUGACUGUGAACAGUGUGGGAAAACUUUCACCUGCAUGAGCGAUCUUAACAGACAUAUACGUGUCCACAGUGAACAAAAACCAUAUUACUGUGUACAGUGUGGGAAAACAUUUGCCCACAGUAAUUGCCUUAAGAGACACCUACCCUGCCAUAGUGGAGAGAGACCAUAUCAUUGUGAACAGUGUGGGAAAACUUUCACCCGGAUGUGCCACCUUAAGUCACACCUACGCAUCCACAGUGGAGAAAGACCAUAUCACUGUGACCAGUGUGGGAAAAUUUUCACCGAGAUGUGUAACCUUAAGGCACACCUACGCAUCCACAGAGGAGAAACACACCGAAACAGUUUGUGUGUUACCAAUGUGAAAAAAGAUUCUUGCCACACUCUUCUCUCUCCAACCAUCAACACAGACGUGAAUCAUCGUUUGGGCCAAACAGUACCUCAGCAUCAAAUGACAACAAGAAAUGCAGUGCCUGAACCAGCAGCACCAACUUCUUCUGACAAGAACAUCAACAGAACAGAAAGCGAAAAAGGGACCAGGACCAUGGAGAUCCAGACUGGCUGUCCAGGACCAGCUGGACCAGACCCUGUGAAACCUAAAAGUUGUACCAGGCGAAGAUUCCACCUGAUUCCAGCAAAUAUGGAAGGAAAACUCACUUGUUACCAGUGUGGGAAGACUUACACCCACAUGCAUCAGUUUAAGACACACCAAUGCAUCCACAGUGAAGAAACACCAUAUAAGUGUGACCCGUGUGGGAAGACUUUCACCCACGCGUCUUCCCUUAGGACACACCGGUGCAUCCACAACAGAGAAAGACCAUAUGCAUGUGAGCAGUGUGGAAAGGCUUUCAUCAAAAAGGAGGUGCUUAAAAUCCACCUACGCAUCCACAGUGGACAAAGACCACAUGGCUGUAACAAGUGUGGGAAGACUUUCAUCCAAGCGUCUACCCUUAGUAAACACCUACGCAUCCACACUGGAGAAAGACCAUAUGAGUGUGACCAGUGUGGGAAGACUUUCACUCGAAAGGAUACCCUUAAGACACAUAUGAGCGUCCAUGGCGGGGAAGGACUGUAUGAGUGUGAGCAGUGUGGGAAGACUUUCACCUAUAUGAGUAAACUUAAGACACACCUACGCAUCCACAGUGGAGAAAGACCAUACGACUGUGACCAGUGUGGGAAGACUUUCACCCAAGCGUCAAACCUUAAGAUACACCUUCGCAUCCACAGCAGAGAAAGACCAUAUUCAUGUGAGGAGUGUGGAAAGGCUUUCACCACAAGUAGUUACUUUAAGAAACACCUACGCAUCCACAGUGGACAAAGACCAUAUCACUGUGAACAUUGUGGGAAGACUUUCACCCAUAUGAGUGAUCUUAAGAUACAUCUACGUAUCCACCGUGGAGAAAGACCAUAUUACUGUGAAACUUGUGGGAAGACUUUCACCCAUGUGUCUACCCUUAAGGUACACCUGCGCAUCCACAGUGGAGAAAAACCAUAUACUUGUGGAAAGUGUGGGAAGACUUUCACCUACAUGUCUAGCCUGAAGGCACACCUAUGCAUCGACAGUGGACAACGACCAUAUGACUGUAAACAGUAUGGGAAGAUUUUCACCCAUUUAGAAGAAAGACCACAUGACUGUGACCAGUGUGGGAAAACUUUCUAUCAGAUGAGUAGCCUUAAGAGACACAUACGCAUCCACAGUGGAGAAAGACCAUAUCACUGUGAACAGUGUGGGAAAACUUUCACCCAGAUGUGUCACCUUAAGUCACACCUAAGCAUCCACAGUGGAAAAAGACCAUAUGACUGUGAACAGUGUGGGAAAACUUUCACCCAGAUGAGUAGUCUUAAGAAACACCUACGCAUCCACAGUAGACAACGACCAUAUCACUGUGAACAGUGUGGGAAAACUUUCACCCGCAUGAGCAGUCUUAACAUACAUAUACGUGUCCACAAUGGACAAAAACCAUAUUAUUGUGUACAGUGUGGGAAGACAUUCGCCCACAGUAGUUGCCUUAAGACACACCUACGCUUCCACAGUGGAGAACGACCAUAUCACUGUGACCAGUGUGGGAAAACUUUCUCCGAGAUGAGUAACCUUAAGAGACACCUACGUAUCCACAGAGGAGAAACACACCGAAACAAUUUGAAUGUUACCAAUGUGAGCAAAGAUUCUUGCCACACUCUGCUCUCUCCAACCAUCAACACAGAUGUGAAUCAUCGUUUGGACCAGACAGUACCUCAGCAUCAGAUGACAACAAGAAAUGCAGUGUCUGAACCAGCAGCACCGACUUCUUCUGCCAAGAACAUCAAACUUAAAAACCUCCAGAUCUGGCUCCAUAGAGUCCAGAUGUAAGGCACACCUAUGCUGUUCAAGAGUUCAGCAAGCAGGGGAUCCAAAAGUUAAAGUAAGUCAGACGAGACAACUGCAAGGGGAAAUCAGUAGGAAGCAGAGUGGGGGAGGAAGAAACAGCAGGACAGCUCAGAAAUCACAUCUGCUCUCUUCUGUUAUCAAUCUUUUUAUUCAGAGUCAGUUACAAAACCAUCCACCAUUACAAUUUGUCCAUAUUUUUGAAAAAUAUGCACAGAGUGAGUAAACCAAAAAUACAGCAAAGGAAAGCAAACGUAACAAACAUACAAUUCAACCCCCCCGCAUCCCAGGACUUAUGGCAUAUCACACCAAGGGAGGCCACGUAAAUUGUAAUUAUAUUCAGGUUGAGUUAUCAAUAUAUUGUUGAGGGGGUUGCCAAAUCUGAAUAAACUGGUGUAGUUUAUUUAAUAAUGAGAACUGGAUUCUCUCUUAGUGAGAGAGUUUAACCAUUUCUUCCAACCAUAAUUUAACUGAAGGAACUUCUGAUUUUUUCCAGAACAACAAAAUAAGCUUUUUUGCUCUGAUAAGUGCAGAAGUUAGCAGUUGACAGUGGUAUUUGUUAAGUUGUGAAAAUGAAUGAGAGGCUCCAAGUACAAUCAGAAGUGGGUCAGGUUUCAACUCUAUAUGAAGCAUAUCUGUUAGAGUUUUAAAUUUGUUAGUCCAGUAUGGAAUUAAUUUAGGACACAAAACAUAACUAGGGAGUAGAGUGGCUUCUUCAGUAAAGCAUUUGUCACAUAAUGGGGAAACUGUUGGAAAGAGUUUGUGUAACUUUGUCUUUGAGUAAUGUAGUCUGUGGAUGAUCUUAAAUUGGAUAAGCUGGUUCCUUGAAUUAGCAGAACAUUUGUGAAUAUUCUCUAAAGUGUUAUCUCAAAGUUCAUCAUCUAACUCCCAAGGUAAUAAUAGUUUUGGAGUUUUCAUUCUAGUUUAGUUUUAGUUAGUUUUGACCUUUUUUUGUCUAAUUCAGUUAGUUUUAAU